AUGCCCAAGAUGCUGAAAAGGCUGGGAGCAGGCGUUGAAACUUUGACAGAUGACGACAUCUCCUUGCUGAGACAGGUGCUACCAGAGGUGAAGGAGUUGGUGGUGCUGCGCAAGAGCAACACGGAUGUCAUUCUGCAGCUGGCCCGAACCAUGGUACCAAUCACAGUGGAGAAAGGAGAGAUUGGAGAUGUCUUGUUGGAAAUCCCCCGUGCUGGACGAGUGGAGCCAGAACGGCGCCCAGUGAGCCAGGGGAGUUACAUCGGUGCUGAAUGCUUGCUGGGCAAUACGCCUCACAGAUGCUCAGCUUCUGCGCAGACCUCCUGCCGAUUGUUGCGCUUGGAUCGAGCCACAUUCGAUUCCAUCAUUCUUUCUCAAACGGAAGAAGAAGAUGACGAUGACGACGAUGAGGAUGAUGAAGGUGAUGGUGACACCUGUGCUGCCAGUCAGCUCGUGAACAUCUUUGUCUUAUCGGACAGCACUGGGGAAUCCGCAAAUGCUUCGGUGAAAACUGCGGCUGCGCAGUUUGAGUACUGUUCCGGGUCGACAUGUGCAACGAGCCGCGCUACAGUCUACAGAUUUGUGAGAUCGGCAGCAGAGAUCAAGACCAUUGUCCAAGCGGCCAAGAAGUCCAAUGCCUUGCUAGUCUAUACAAUCAUGGAUCCAAAGUUGCAGCGAGUUCUCGCUGAUGAGUGCACGGCCAAAGAGCUUGAAUGCAUAGACCUUUGGGGUCCUUUGUUAGCCUCGUUUGAGAGAAGAUUUGGUGCAAAGCGCAGCGGGAAAGCUGGUCGGCGACAAACAGUCAGUGAUGAUUACAUGACUAUUGUGAAGGCCAUUGAGUACACUCGAAAGGUGGAUGAUGGCGUUUUACCCCACCUUUGGAACGAGUGCGACGUAAUGCUGAUUGGGCCAUCUCGAGCUGGAAAGACACCCUUGUCAUUCUACUUGGCACAGAGAGGCUAUAAGGUGGCAAACUAUCCUUUGGUGCCAGAGGAGGAGCCACCGAAGGAGCUUUUUGAGCUUGAUCAGCAGAAGUGUUUUGCUUUGCAGAUCAAGCCUGAAAGACUACGGGAGAUUCGCACUCAGCGAAUGAAGCAGUUUAAUCGUUCCAACACGCAGUAUGCCAAUUUGACAAACAUCAAGAAGGAAGUGAGCUGGAUCAAGAACUUUUACUUGCCACUCGUUUGGCUUGUCUCUGCACUCCGCUUCGAAAGCAAACAAAGCAGAUCAUUUGUUGUUCCCUUUCUGUCGUUCUACCGGAACUUUCUUCUUGGUUGUUUGAUUUUGUGUAAUUGGCAGCAUGCUCAGGCGAAAGGGCCCAAAGUGGCCGAUCAUAGCACCACUCUUAGUUGCUGA